UAGUUCACUGCCUUCUGUCCAAAUGUCGCAAAUUAGGUCUUUGAUAAAAUAUUGCACAAAUCUUAACCUCAAUGUCUGACAACUGCUUGCUGAGCCACAACGGUUUAUACCUCCGUCAAAAUGUCUGUACGUCAGAUACACGUCAUUACUAGUUGUCAUUUUUAUUUUUCCACUGCCACGCCUUUAUUCUUCUUGUGAGAUGUCUACCUGUGAGAUGUCUUCACACCUCUUCACCAGGCUAGAUAAACUCACUUGUCUUCACACCGUUCGUCACAGCGUCCGCAGGUCCGGAAAAAAAACGAGACAAUUGCGAGUGCGUGGAGAGGACCGACGGAUAAACCACAGCAUUCGAUCGUCCUUUAAAAGUGUGAGGCGUACAAGGGUUUUUGCGUCGAUUUAUGAGUAAGAAGCUGGGGAAAUGGGGAAACAAUAUCACUCAUCAUCGAAAUAAUCUUAAGGAUUGUUUGAAACUGUCCCCUGCACGCAUCUUUUCUUACACCUUUAAUUUCCUGACUUUGAUCUGUGGUCUGUGCUCACUAAAGAACAUACAACCACAAUGGGUGACAAAUACUGUGCCAGUGAUCCGAAAGGCAUCGGGAAACACCACGAUGCUAUGUGUUCUCCACACCACCGGCAGCCAUGUGCUAGCACCAUCAGCAGCCCCCAAAUGGUCAGGUCCUCGAAUCGACCAAGGAGGACAGUUUCCAUGGGCACGUGCAUGCCGCUUGAAGAACCUCGUCACAUCUGUCCCGGUCAAUAUUCGGCGUUAUUGUCCACACGCAGUGGCGAUGUCGGUGCCGAUAACGACAUCAGCGAUACACCUCUGAUGCAAAUCUUGUCGAAAACGGAGUGGUCACCACAGAUGCUGCCCAUGUCCACGUCCAUGGCUGCGGGCUCUAGGAUGCGAUAUUGCCAGGAGGAAACAUCGACGGACACGUACGUCACAGUCAGAAGGGGGCUCGAUUCUGAAACUUUCAUUCACAAAAACGCUGGGAGAGCGAUGAGGACCCUGUGCGGGUUUACUAGAAAGCACAACAAGCGCAAAGAAAGCCAUUCGCCCGAUAUUGAAGUCGCCGCCGAAGCUUCGCACCUGAACGUCGUUGAUGGCGAACUGGGAGACGGGGUCAGAAUGUUCGAGGUCAGCCUAGUGGAAGAGUCGCACAGCGGCGUGAGUGGUGUGGCAGGCGACCAAAAUGGCGUCUCUUUUGUCACUUCCUGCAGCAAAGGUCAGGAAGUGUCCUUUCGCACAAACGAGACCCCCAGCUGGUGCUCAUCGGCUGAAUGCAGGCAGUCCCACAAAUCAAGCGCCGUCCCUUCCAAUGGUCACAUGGUGCAAAGUCUGUGGAAAAGGCUGCUACAACGAAGGACCCUGCAGUCUCCUUAUUGCGCGACAUCUCAGGUGAAAAAUGUAGAAACCAGCGGAACGUUCUGGAGUGAGGACACGAAAGCGUUCAGAAAGCCGAAGAUUAUUGCCGAGAACGACAACCUCCUGCUACAUGCUGAUGACAAGCCAUGUUCCACAACAACGCCUGUUACGCUUUGUCUGGAUAUGAACAAAGGCCCUUCUGCUCUUCCUCCAGACGACAGGAUCUCUCUGCUUCGCGGCUGUAACAGUAAGGAUGGGACCACACCAUACAUCGAGGGCGCGACUGGAUGUAUAAAUGGGCCCACAAAGAAGGCAAUCUCCGUAGAGAAGAAAGAAUCGAAUGUCGAAUGCCUUGACCACGAGCUAAUCACAGGCGUCAACCAGGACACAGCUAGAAGGGACUUCAGAGAGCUGAACGAUUCAACGCAACAGUUUUUCUCGCCUGUUUACAAUGAUGGACAGACAAGGCGAGGUCAGCAACGCCAAGGCAGGAGGUCAUCGGGGGCUCUCCACUUCGUGGUCGGUGCUUUGAGGGCUUUUAGACGGCAUCUGAGUAACCAGCUCCGGCCAAUCGUCUUUGUGUCGACGAUGUGUAUGGGUAUUCCGGACAGCCGCUCUGGAUCCCCUGACAGGCGAGCCGAUUUCAAAGCAUAUAGUUUGUAGGGAACACUGGCACGGAAGUAAAUACAAUAAAACAUGCAAAAAAUAAAGAAGAAAAAAAAUGUGUGGGACCACAUACGGCAUCGAAUAACCAGUUCAUGUGGGAAAAAUUGUGGACCCUAGAUGAACCGAAAUUUUGUAACCACAAGAAGACAAACAAAGGCUUAAAAAGCAGAUUUUACAUUUGCUGAAAUCGCACGCUUCAUUAACAGAGACAUGUCAACUGACUGAGCCCUCAGCUACUCAUGGUACACUAAAGUAGUUCAUUUGUCGUUGCUAUAGAGAGAAAAUAGCAGGUCUACAGUGUCUGUCUUGUGGCCUUUCCUUUCAUCAUUUCCGAUCUCAAGAACAUUGCUUCGAUCUGAAUGUUCAGCCAAGCCUUCUGAUACCUGCUGUAACCGUUGUCUCGAAUUUUUUGAAAGAAAAAGGAUCGUAGAUGAUCAGAUAGAAUUUCAGAUUUUGAAUGUUGCGAAAAUAAACCAAGAAUUAGAGCAAUUAGCCGCAUUUAAAUCAGUGGCUCAUCAUUAUCGAGAUUUUUUAGACUACAUUUAAUUUCUUAAAGCCUGGGAACAGAAGUGUUAGAACUUUUGUAUGUGCAUCAGUCAAGGAACAAAAUAAAAGAGG